UGCACCUGCAAAUACUGUAAGAAAGACAGAGACAAAGGUUGCGAAAACCCACAUAAAUGCACUAUAACAGCAAAAGAAAUCCUGAACAAAAUAACCCCAAAAUUCAACACUAAAACAAAACCCAAAAAAGACAGACUAUCACUCACGCAUAGCAGAAAGAAAAAGAACCAACAAGCCCACAAAAGGAGAAGAGGAGAGAUCAUCUUCGACUCCACCACCAGAUCCACACUAACAGACUGCUUCAGAAUUUUCACCGACCCCUCCAAAAAAUCCAAAAGACCAGCUCACCACCUACAGAACCCAACGAGAGGCCUAAACAUACUGGAAGAUAAAAUGACCAUAUACACAGACGGAUCUUGCAUAAACAACAGGAAAUACAAUGCAAAAUCUGGCAGCAGAAUAUGGAUAUCAACAGAUGACAAAUGA